AUGGUCUUCCACAAGUUGAUCUGGAAGCGCGUCAAUGUCGUUAUCACGGCAUCAAAUACGCCCGAGGAGAUUGCGGAAACAAAACGUGAUCCAUGGUCGCAAUCCGCAAAGUAUGGGCAUGCUUUUGUGUACUUCUCUCUUGUGCUGCUUGCAUUUACAUUGCUGGUCCGAUUUUAUCACAUCUGGGGAGACAAGAUCCGUAUCGCCAAGUACAAGGAACGCCAGCCUGUCUUCUUUGACAGCUCUGAUCUGUGCGUUUCGAGUGGCGCGGAUCAUGUCACGACCAGCGCCAGUACAGAAGCUUCGACUGCUCAUAUAUUUCCGAAGACGCGGCUUGUUUCACAUACCAAGCGGGAAGCAUCUUGGUUCAGUAGGUUCCUGCCUUUGCAAGAAGUCAUUUCCUUGAUGCGCUGGAUAUUCUAUCGACCCGUGCCCGUUCUCAAGAUUGGGACAUUCUGCAUCGUCUUUCCGUCACUAGCAGUAACGGCGAUUGUGCUGGCAGCUCUAGUCUUCGUGACCUGCUUCUGUUUCCUUCCUCAGCCUUUAUACUACUCGUCAAUCGCCCUCGGAUCACCUCCCUUGGCCAUCCGGGCCGGCAUGCUCGCCAUAGCCAUCGUUCCCUGGACUGUUGCUUUGGGUAUCAAGGCCAACUUGAUCUCCUUGCUCACAGGUGUCAGCCCUGAGCGCUUGAAUGGGCUUCACCGUUGGUCCGCGUACAUUUGUCUUUUCCUGUGUCUUGUGCAUACCAUACCAUUUUAUAUAACUCCAAUUUGGGAGAACGGGGCUUUGAUCAACUAUCGGAAGUUCAUCACGAUCCCAAUCUAUGUCUACGGGACCGGCUUAGCGGCUCUUGUUCCUCUGUUGGUGCUGUGCAUUCACUCGCUCCCAAUUUUGAGACGACAUGCGUACGAACUUUUCCUGAUAGUUCAUAUCCCCCUCUCGUGGAUCUUUGUGGCCAUGCUGUUCUGGCACAGCAAGAACUUUCUGUUCUCAUGGGGAUAUCUGUGGGCCACGGUCGCUAUCUGGAUUGCCACCUACGUCCUCAGGACUUUCCAUUCAAAUUGGUUGAACCCAAUUCGGUUCGAGUCUUUCAUGGUUGGGGAAGAGUGCACUGUGACUCUGCUUCCUCAAGGCGCUGUGAAGGUGACUGUACCGACGCGCAUGCGCUGGCGACCCGGUCAAUAUGUUUAUCUCAGCGUGCCGAGUGUCGCUCUCCUUCAGAGUCAUCCAUUCACCAUUGCGUCCUUGUGCAGCGAUGACUUUCCCUCUGGAUAUGGCGAAGACUAUCGGGACUGCACUCUGGUCUUUCGACCUAUGGGGGGUUUCACGCGGCGGCUUGCCCAUCAAGCACUAAUAAAUGGCCCUCUCCAUACUUAUUCAGCGUUGCUGGAAGGACCAUACGGAGGCAUGCAACGUGAGAUGGCCGCGUUUGACAGUGUCGUCUUCAUCGCGGGCGGGAGUGGAAUUACGGCGAUUAUCAGUCAGCUUCUGAAUCUGAUCAAGAAGAUUCGUGAUGGGAAGGCUAUCACCCGUUCGGUCAGAGUGAUCUGGGCUCUGAAAGGGCCUGAAACGAUGGAAUGGUUCCAGCGAGAACUUCGCAUCUGCAGGGAUCACGCUCCCGCUGGGAUUCUUCAAUGUCACCUCUUCUUGACCGGGGUGAGGGACGUACAUGGAGAUCGAAAUGCCGCGCAAACGAGGACUCGUGAUAUGCUGCAAGCCACUGGCAAUAGCUCUUCGAAUAAUGUCACUGAGAAAGCCGAGGACCCAGUUCAAAGCGAAUAUCCUACCUCUCACGACGCAAGGCAAGGUGGACUUACUACCCUGCCUCGCGCACACACCAGACCUUGUGUUGCCGAUGACUUCCAACAUCAGCCUGACAAGAAUGCUGUCCACUUUACGCCUGGAUUACAACGGGAGAACUGGCGCGCCGACUAUUACCGUCCCGACAUUGCGAAGAUGCUCAUGGAAGCCUCUGGGACCUUUGGUAGGCGUGCUUGUGUGUUUGUGUGUGGGCCUCCUAGCAUGCGAACCGAAGUGGCAAGUACCGUUGCCGGACUUCAGCUGCAGGUGAUAAAUGACUCCUCGCAAGAUGAGAUCUUCCUGCAUACAGAGAACUACAACGUUUGA